CUAGCCUUCCUGCUCCGACUCGGACAGAACUACCAUUAGCGAUUUUCUAUACAGUGUACGGUAAGUGAUGCCGAGUUGCGAAAAGUCACCUUAUUGUCAUCUUGUCUGAUUCCCCCUCUCUUCACACUUUCUUGGUAAUCAUGUGGAUUGCACCAGGCUAUAAAAUGCAGGAAAACCUGGCCCAGGAAUGCUUUCUACAACAACCAAGUCUUGGUCCAGACUGAUCUAUCAAGCAAGAUGAAAGCCGCACAGUACAUCCCUCAGCUCAUUGCAAGCCUCUCCCCGAGGCCAGCGAUGGAGAUACGUCUAACCAGUAAACACACGGUCUUCACGACGGGACAAACAAUCGAGGGCGAGCUGACGCUCCCCCGAAGAAACACUACUCAGUAUGCCCGUAUCUCCGUGGCACUGAUCGGAAGAACAACGACAAGCAUAAUGAAUAGCUUGCCCUUCCCCAACUCUGGCAGUACUAUGGACGACACCUUUCUCCAAAUGCAUCACACCGAGACCCUGAAGGCAUCACAUGAUCAACGGAUCUUCCCCUUCUCCUUCGUCAUCCCUGAUGCUCUUCCAUUUGACUCGUGCUAUGAAAAGAUUCCGUCUGGAAACGACCAUGUCCAACUUCCACCGAGCGUGGACUACAGCUCGGAUAGAUGCUGUCCAGAGAUGUGUAGCGUCGUCUACUACAUUCACGCCGAGGUCGUUAUCGGGAACGAACGGCUUCAUGCCACACGACAGGUCCAGCUUCUUCCUCUAUAUCAUGAACAGCCCCCUCGUUUCGGGGCGGAUGGUGAGGAUAACGAGACCCAUAUGUCCGAUUCGACAGCCCUUCGACUGAGUCUAUUGAGUGCAAAGAUGGGUCGCGUCACGGUGCGUGCGCGAGAAGCAAAGCCGCUUUACCUGCCCCCGGAUCAACCACAUCACGGAUCAACUAUAGCUCCUAUCCGCCUAGACCUGGCCCUCAGCCGCCUCCAUCCUGAUCCCGGUUUCCCAGCUGGUUGUCAAGUCAAAGUCACCCUGGAGGCCGUAACGUACUUUACUGCGUUGCCAAUGGUCAAGCUGCCAACGUCACAAGGGCAGCUCUUCUCAGCGAGCGUGUGCUCGUGGAAGAACAAGUCCAUUGGUCUAACAUGGAGGGGGAAUAAGGACGAUUCCUACAGCUCUAGCAUCGUUGUCCCAAUCCCCGUACCGAGCGAUACAUCCGUUAUCCCGACCUUCCACCACUGCUAUGUGGCCCGAGAAUACUUCGCAAAAGUAGAAUUGACAGUAGGAUAUUCACGGGCAUUGCGGAUAAAAGUCCCAGUGCAGAUCUACAACUCCCUCCCAAAUUGAUCAUUGCCAAUACCAAAUAUAACUCCAUUACCAAUAUCAAUAUUCCUCUCCAUCUGUAACCUGUAAUACAAUAUACUAAAUACUCUAUAGCCGUCCCCUCCCCCCUUCCUCAGUAUCUCAAAGAUCUAAAAACCCCCCUCCCGAAACGCACUCCUUCCCCUCAUCCACCCCCCAAACCU